AUGUCACGCCGCACGCGCGAGCCCAAGCUCGAUGCGCUCCUUCCCCCGAUCCUCGCCCUCAUCGAGCAGGACCCGCCAAACGCGUACUCGGCGCACCAGAAGGCGCUGACCACCACCGCGCGUCUCGUGCAGUCUGGUCAUGGACCGCUGGCGAUUGAGAUCCUGAGCGCGGCCGCGCGCGAACUCCUCAAGCGCAGAGAGGCGGCAAGUGGAUCCGAGCUCGGUGUGCGCAUGAUUGAGAUCAUGGUCGAGGUUGGGGUUGAUGUGAGCGAUGCGAGCCGCGCAACUGUGACCCAGCUCCUGGCGCUCACACCUCCCGCCGGGCCAUGGCGCAAAAAGCUCGCCGACGCGGCCGUCAAGUGGUCUGCGCAGACGUGCCCCGCCGGCGACCCAUCUCUCAACCAGUACCUCGGCGAACUGAACUACAAGGACCGCCUCUUUGAGCCAGCCGAGCAGUACCUCUUGAACGCAGGCAAGCGCGACUCGGCAACCCUUCUGGCCGAUAUGCUCUUCGAGUGGGGCAACAGCGGACACGAGGACCCCGGAGCCUAUGCUGCGCGCGGUGUGCUUCCCUUCCUCGCCAUCUCUCCGCCAAACGUCCUCGCCGCUACUUCCUUCCUGCAGCGCUACCUCUCGCUACUUGCCGCCCCAUCCUCGCCGCAGAAGGACUCUUUCAUCGGCACGGUGGAGGGCGUGCAGCUCACAACUUGGCCGGCAGUCAACUUCCUCCAGCUCGCCGUGCUGACAGUGCAGCGCGCGCCUGCUCCAGGAACGAGCGCAGUUCAGGCUCGUGGGAUGGACGGCGGCGUCGCGCGUGAUUGGCAGCAACUCGUCGCGCGGUACCGCCGCCUCGCGGGCAGCACCGGCCUGCUCGCCCAGAAGGAGGUGGUUGAGGCAAUCGACGCCAUCUCGACCGGCGUGUUCCUCAUCCCGCCCCCUCGUGGAGGGAACGACAUGCUCCAGAACCUUAUGGGCAGCCUGUUCGGCGGCGGUAUGGGCGGGAUGGGGACGCGCUAG